UGGGGGGAUGGCACCCAAGGGCCUCUGGGAUUCACCCUGAGCACUCUUAAGGGUUGGAGCUACUGUCUUAGGCGGUGCUGCCCUAUGUGGUAGAAGGUGCCAGGUGUUUGGGGAGCUUUUAUUCAGACAGAUUGAAAACCACAGGAUUUAUGUCAAUCAGUUACUAGAGAAAGAACAAUCAUCAUUCCCAGCUGAAAUGGAAGUUUGACUGGAAGACACAAAGUAAGUCUUGAAAUGGUACAGCAUUUCCCUCAGACCAAUUGCAUGAAGUAGGAUGAAAGCUAUCCAUCUAUUUCCCUUCUCUUCUUCUCUCCCUCCAUCCAUUUCUCCCUUCUUCCCUCCCUUUCUCUCCUCCUUCCUUCCUUCCUUCCACUCUUCUUCUUCGCUUCCUUCUUACCUUCCAUUUCCUAAUUGGAUAAUUCAGGGACCUUCAGCUUAGCUCUUGCUCCUGCUUCCUAUACUCAGUGACACUGUCCCUGGUUUAGUCUGUUUCCCACCCUUUUCUAGCCUUUUAACUGACCAAAAAAACCGUGUGCGACCGUGGGGGGGAACCUAAUAACAUAUAUCAAGCUUCCAGUAGGAACUCGGCCCUUACAUGCACUUCAGGGUGACCUACUCUCCUGCUUUGCCCAGGUCUGAGGAGUUUUCCAGGACACUUUCAACGUUAACUGGGGCAGUUCCAGGAAAACAGGGGCAGUUCUGGUUAGGCUGGGACAGUUGGUCACCUACUUACCUGCAGAAUAUCUCCGUGAGGGAGGCAUCUUCCCCCAUCUGAAGGGGAGAAAACCGAGGCUUAGAGCAGCCGAGUCCGUUGCCCAGGGACUAAGUGCCAGUCAGCAGGUGGCAGGACAGAAGUUUGAACCCAGCUGUGCAUGAGGCCAAAGCUCUUGCUGGGUAGACUUGUCCUAGUACCACUUUCUCAAGCUGAGGGCUAGUCAAUCUCAGCUGCAUGUUGGAUUCACCUGGGGAGCAAUGAAAACUAUUGAUGCCCGAGACCCACCCCAGAGAGUGUGAGGUAAUUGGCCUGGGGUGUGAGGUAGGUCUCAUGGGACUUUCAGUACCUCCCCAGAUGAUUGGCAAGUGUAACCAGGCUGAGGAAAAGACCCACUGCUCAAGGGCUUGCUUCCUCAAGCAGCCCACAUCAUCAAUACCGUCCACUAGAAAGUUCUCAAGAUGCCAUUCACGUGUCUAACAGGCAGGGGAAUCAAGUCACAAUUAGCACAUUCGCGCAGCAGGAAUACAUUUCUUAGGCGUCAGAGCAGAGGUGCUGCAUGUCUGCCCCUUGCUCAGAAUCUGUCUUCCAUGUCACCUCCUCACUCACCCAAGUCCCCUGGAUCUUAUCCUAUGCAGCUUCCUUUUAUAACAGUGGUUCGGGGCCAAGGCAAUUUUGUGUCCUGGAGAUAUUUGGCAAUGUUUGGAAACAUUUUUGGUUGUCACACUUGGGGAAUAAGUUGCCCAUUAGUGGGUAGAAGUCAGGGAUGCUGUUAAACGUGUUACAAUACCCAGGACAGCCCUGAACAACAACGAAUUAUCUGGCUUAAAAUUUCAAUAGUAUGAAGCUGAGGAAUCCUGCCCUAUAGUGAUAGCUCCCUUCUCUCCUUUAAACAUAUCACACAGAGCCCUAAGUGAGAUGCAGUCCAGAGACGGCAUCAUAGGGGCCAGACAACCAGGUCCAACACAGCUGUGCCCCUCCCCCCAUAACGACUCUCAUUCGAGUUACCAGGAGCAGGAAACUAGGCACAAAGAAUGCUCUUCUCAACCUAUGGCACUCAUGGUGCUAUGGCCACAGGAUGAAACUGAGUCAGUGGAAGAUUUUUCAUUCCUUGAUUCUUCUCUAAGGUGUGUCACAGCUUUCUGUCCACCUGAUAAUCCUUUCUCUAUAUGCAUUCCUCCCAGGGGCUAAAGACAUGUGGAGAGCCUACUCUGACAUGAGAGAAGCCAAUUACAAAAAUUCAGACAAGUACUUUCACGCCCGGGGCAACCGUGACGCUGCCGAAAGGGGACCUGGGGGCGUCUGGGCUGCUAAAGUGAUCAGCGAUGCCAGAGAGAGUAUUCCGAGAGUCACAGACUUUUUUAAACAUGGAGACAGUGGCCACGGACUGGAGGACUCGAGGGCCGACCAGGCUGCCAAUGAAUGGGGCCGGAGCGGCAAAGACCCCAAUCACUUCAGACCUCGCGGCCUGCCCGACAAGUACUGAGCUACUUCUCCCUCUGCUCAGGAGACAGGGCUCAAGGGAGUGGGGACAGUGCUGAGCUAGGUUGCUAUAUUCUGUAUCUGUAGUUCUUUAUAGUUGAUAAAGAGCACAUAAAAAUGUUUAACAAAUGCUUGUGAAA